AUGAAUCAUUAUCGAAUUCGCUCGCCCGAGGACAAGCAAUCGGAUCCAGCCGACGCAAUGGACAGCUUCGGCCAAGAAGUCCGCACUGUGCGUGUGGACGGGAUUCUGAAGGACGACCUCGCGCAGGAUUCGCGUGAGAUUCUCCAGGAGAGCGGCCUCUUCGGCAUCACGUGGGGGCCUCUGACCACGGGCUCGUCGGCCAAGGGCACGCUAAGAGUCACCGACACUGGCAGGUGGUUCGGUGUCCAGGAGGAGGCUAAGGGCGAGUGGGAGGACACGUGGGCCAGCAUGUCUGGCUACGCCCACACGACAUUCAAGCAGAAGUUCCAGCACCUCAAGGCCGAGCUGCGCAAUGUCGGCUUCCCCGUGGACGACCACCGCCUGCUCUUCGACCACUGCAUCGUCGGCCUGCCCCGGGACGAGCUGGAGCUCAAGAUGCACCUCAACGGGCUGAUCAACGUGUUGCGGUGUGCCGACCACUGCAUGAGCAGCCACACCCGCGGCCGGUCGGAGGCCGGCAUCUGGCGCGCCAACAAGUACCCGUUCAUCCUUGUCCGCGGCAAGAUCCAGCUCCUGGUCUGA